UGGAAAAGGCAACUCGCGAUACACACAACCAAUGGAUUAAAACUGCCAGCCAGACCUCUGGUGAAGACUUGAUGAACUUUUUCGCUUUCUCUGACGAUGUCCUCCGUCGAUCGCUUCUCACGCUGGUUUAUCGGGCCGCUCCACCCGCAAAAGAAUCCUCCACAACCUUCAGCUUAAACUGCAUCAAAGCCGCCGUGGCCACUUUACAGGUACACCACGACUGUAUCAAUUUGAUACGUGUAUCUACUUCGCCAAGUAUAUUCAUUGGACCCUCCUCUUCGCGCCCUUCUCCCCCUUCAUCAUCAUAUUCUGCCACGUAAUCGAAAC